AUGUACAACAAGUUCAAGCGAUUGAUGGCGUUGGAUGCAAUGUCAUUGAUUGGACGGUUGGACCUCGUUCAGUUUCUUCAUGAGAAUGGUGCAGCGGCAACAACAAACGCGAUGGACCAUGCUGCCUCGUUGGACAUAUUCAUCUAUCUCCAACAACAUCGAACAGAAGGUCAUACACCAAAUGCCUUUCUUUACGCCGCCAACAUUGGAUGUAUGCCACUUGUAGAGUAUCUGUACAACUUGGCUGGUGGUGACGCCGACAAGUUGAAUCACACUGACGCACUGGACAAUGCAGCCAGUGGUGGACACUUGGAUGUGGUGCGCUUUCUUCAUGAACAUAACCUUGGCAAUGAUGGAUGCAACACUGGUACAAUGGACUUUGUUGCUUGCAAAGGCUAUUUGGAUGUGUUGGAGUAUCUACACUUCAACAGAACAGAGGGAUGUUCUCAAUUGGCAAUGGACGAAGCUGUUUUUGGUGGACAUCUUGAUGUGGUCAGAUUCCUUCUUGAGAAUAGGACAGAGGGUUGCACCGAGUAUGCAACGAACCAAGCGGUGAUCAAUGGGCACCUCGACAUUGUCAAGUACCUCCACCUCAAUGGAACUGAAGGCUGCACUCCCGUCUCAGUGAUUAAAGCUGCAUCAAAUGGACAUCUCGAUGUACUUCAAUUCCUCCACCAAUUCAGACCCGAAUCAUUCACUCAUUAUGUCAUGGAUGAGGCAGCUCGAAAUGGACAUCUCGACAUUGUUACAUUCCUUCACGAACACACAACUGAAGGUUGCACUACUCGUGCGAUGGACAACGCAGCAGGGAAUGGCCACAUUGACGUUGUCAGAUAUCUCCACACAAAUAGAACGGAAGGAUGUACACAUGAUGCCAUGAGUUAUGCUGCCGCCCAUGGUCAUUUGGACAUUCUUCGCUUUCUUCAUUACAACCGCAGUGAGGGAUGUAACAUGUACGCGGUAGAGUGGGCCAUAAGGGAUGGUCAGGCCAAGAUUGUUGAGUUUCUCUUGGACAAUAGGACAGAAGGACGUACGGAAGAAGCAUUGAACGAAGCAGCCAAAUUCGGACAUCUGGACUGUGUCAAGGUUUUGUUGACGAGAGGAAUCAAAGGUGAUGGGAAUGCCAUGAUCAAUGCAGCCGAGCAUGGAUAUUUGAAUAUGCUAUCCUACCUUCAUUUCAACACAACUGAAGGUUGUACAUCGAAUGCGAUGAAGUUUGCCGCCGAGAAUGGCCAUUUGGACGUAGUCAAAUUCCUCAGAGAGAACCAAACCGAAGGUGAUAUCCCCAAUGCGUUGAGGAUUGCAAAGGUCAAAGGACACAAAUCAAUUGUAAACUAUCUUGGCCAGCACUUACCAAAGAAAUCAAACAUCAAUUGUGAUCGAAAGAGACCAAGCAAGCAAAAAUAA